AUGGACCAUCUGAGAUCUUUAGAAUCAAGUUUGCCUCCUGAGCAACCACCCACAGAUAAUGCUAUUGAAGGACUAGGAAAUGAUCUUUCCCAGGAAUUCAAGAUUGCAGCUAAUGCCGUAACCAAAUUGUACAGGAUUGCCAAUGAGAAAAAUUCGUUGGUAAAACAUCAAGGUUACUUACAAUGUCUAGAUAAUAUUAUUGAACAGAUAGACAGUGGAGACGUAUCAGACAUACAGGAACUACGACAUUGGUGUGCUAAACAACGAGCUGAUAGGUUGUUAUCAAAGCAGAACAAUCACACAACAACUGUGACAUCAACGCAACCUAGGAAUGAUACCAUUAACCAAACGAUCGCGGCAUCCAAUUCAAAUCUAUCUAAUAUCGAUGUUCGAUCCAUAAAUGUUCCAAAAUUUAACUUAUCUAUGCCGCCAAUGAGUAUUGAACAUUCUUGGGAUCAGAACAACCGAACCAGGUUGAAGAAAAAGUUGAUGACUGACCGUUCCAGUUUUAACUCUAAUUUAACGACCAAUUACCUUCCUGAAAUGGAUAAAGUGGACUCUAAACUAGGUGUUCGAUCCGAUGAACAAAAGAAUCUGGACUCGUUCGGUGUAUCUCCAGCAUUGAAGAAACAAAAGUUUUCGGAAUAA